AUGGGAGCCCAGGGCAGGGUGGUCUGCUCUCUGAUCUUCCUGCUGCGGGCCCUGGCUGAGCUGACUGAGAACUCGGAGUUCCACUUGCUUGGGGAUUACCUCCUGGGUGGCCUCUUCACUCUCCAUGCCAACGUGAAGGGCAUUGUCCACCUCAACUACCUGCAGGUGCCCAAGUGCAAGGAGUACGAGAUGAAGGUGCUGGGCUACAACCUCAUGCAGGCCAUGCGCUUUGAAGUGCAGGAAAUCAACAAUGGCAGCAGCCUGCUGCCCAGUGUGCUGCUGGGCUACGAGAUGGUGGACACCUGCUACAUGUCCAACACCAUCCAUCCUGUGCUCUACUUCCUGUCACAGGACAACUAUUUUCUGCCCAUCCAGGAAGACUACAACCACUACAUACCCUGCGUGGUGGCCAUCACUGGCCCUGACAACUCCGAGUCCCCUAUGACCGUGGCCCACUUCCUCUCCUUCUUUCUCCUUCCACAGAACACCUACGGUGCCAUCAAUGACCAGCUGCAUUUCCCAGCGGUGCUGCGCACGGUGCCGCGCACGGUGCCAGGUGUGCAUCACCAAAUGGAGGCCAUGGUGCCGCUGAUCCUGCACUUCCGCUGGAAUUGGAUCCUUGUGUUGACAAGCAGCGAAGACUAUGGCCGCGGCAAUAGCCAGCUGCUCAGCGAGUGCCUGGCCCACCGUGACAUCUGCAUCGCCUUCCAGGAGACGCUGCCCAUGCCGCAGCCCAACCUGACGAUGACGCAGCAGGAGGAGGAGCGCCUGGAGGCCAUCACGGGCAAGCUGCAGCAGAGCGUGGCGCGUGUUGUGGCCGUGUCCUAGCCAGACCUGGCCCUGUUCAACUUCUUCCGCGAGGUUCUGCGCCAGAACUCCACAGGCGCACUGUGGGUCGCCUCCGAACCCUGGGCCAUCAAGCCGGUCCUGCACCACCUCACUCAGCUUCAGCGCACAGGCACCUUCCUGGGCAUCCCCACCCUGGGCAUCACCACCCAGCAGAGUGUGCCCAUCCCGGGCUUCAGCUAGUUCCGCGUGCGCCGCUUCCAGGUCAGCUGGCCGGCGCACAACAGGAGCAGCCUGGGGGCCACCUGCAACCAGGAGUGUGACACCUGUAUGGACACCACUGAGUCCUUCAACACCAUCUUCACGCUCUCUGGCGAAAGCGUGGUCUACAGCAUGUACUGCCUCCUGGGCUGCAACCAGACCGGCUGCCACAAGGAGGUGGUCUACCCUUGGCAGCUACUUCCGGAGAUCUGGAAGGUCAACUUCACCCUCCUGGGCCACCAGAUCUUCAAUGAGCAAGGGGACCUGUCCCUGCACCUGGAGGUCAUCCAGUGGCAAAGGGACCUGAGACAGAACCCUUUCCAGAGCAUCGCCUCCUACCAGCCGUCGAAGCGGCAGCUGAAGGACAUUUGUGACAUCUCCUGGCACACUCCUAACAGCAUGACCCCUGUGUCUAUGUGUUCCAAGGACUGCCGUCCUGGGCAAAAGAAGAAGCCAGCUGGCAUCCACCCCUGCUGCUUCGAGUGUAUUCACUGCCUCUCUGGCACCUUCCUCAACCGAGCUGCAGGUGAAUUCGACUGCCAGCCCUGCCCAAGUUACGAGUGGUCCCGCAGGAAAGACACCUCCUGCUUCAAGCGGCAGCUGGCCUUCCUUGAAUGGCAUGAGGCACCCACUAUCACUGUGGUCGUGCUGGCUGCCCUGGGCUUCCUCAGCACCCUGGCCAUCUUGAUAAUCUUCUGGAGGCAGUUUCAGAUGCCCAUGGUUCGCUUGGCUGGGGGGCAUUGCUUCCUGAUGCUGACGCCGCAGCUGAUGGCAUACGUGGUGGUCCCCGUGUGUGUAGGGCCGCCCAUGGUCUCCACGUGCCUCUGCCUCUAGGCCUUCCUCACGCUCUGCUUCACCAUCUGCAUCUCCUGCAUCACCGUGCGCUCUUUCCACAUCAUCUGCAUCUUCAAGAUGGCCAGACGCCUCCCACGUGCCUGUGGCUUCUGGGUCCGCCACCAUGGGCCCUACGUCUUCGUGGCAUUCAUCACAGUGCUCCAGACAGUCAUCGUGGGGAGCAGCAUACAGCCCGUGACCACCAACCCCACUGGCCGCACUGACCCCGAUGACCCCAAGGUCAUGACCCUGUCCUGCAACCCCAGCUACCACCAGGGGCUGCUGAUCAACCCCAGCCUGGACUUGCUCAUCUCCGUGCUGGGCUUCGGCUUCGCCUACAUAGGCAAGGAGCUGCCCACCAACUACGACGAGGCCAAGUUCAUCACCUUCUGCAUGACCUUCUACUUCAUCUCCGUCUUCCUCUGCACCUUUGUGUCUGUCUACGAGGGGGUGCUGGUCACCAUCCUGGGCCUCUUGGUCACUGUGGUCUACCUCCUGGGCAUCACCCUGGGCUACUUCGGCCCCAAGUGCUACAUAAUUCUCUUCUACCUGGAGCGCAACACGCCAGCCUACUUCAGCAGCAUGAUUCAGGGCUACACCAUGGGGAAGGACUAG